AUGUCUGAUAUCACUAAAGUUAUUUGUCAAGAACAAAUGAUUAUUGAUAAACUUGAAUCAAAAUAUCUAAUAAUCAAAAGAUUAUUUGAUGAAAAACCUAACCAAACAUUAGCUAAAUUAAAAUCUGCUGGAGCAUUAUAUACUAAGAUUUUUAAACAAACUAUAGCAGUUAAUCAUAAUUCAAAUGAAGAUAAUGUUAAAGCUUGGGAUGAUUAUUUAUCUGCUAUUGAAAGUUAUUUAGCAAAUAUUUGUAAUAAAAUGUCAUUAAAAGAUCCUCACGAUGGUACUGAAUAUAAUUUAUAUGAACACUUACGACCUGCAAGAAAAGUUUUAGCAAAAGAAAUUCAAACCCAACAUUAUAAUAUAUAUAAUUAUUGGCCAGAAGAAGGAGAAUCUCAAGAAAGUGAUGUUGAAUUAUAUAUCAAUGGUGCAUAUAAAAGUGGUAAUAAUUUUUAUAUUAUUUGGAGUUGUAUUAGUUGGAUUAAAGUUAAAGAUUAUGUUUCAACUGGUAAUAAUUAUAAUACUAGUUUUGAUGGGAAACCUAAUAUUAAAUUAGUAAUUUUUAAUUAUGAAAAAUUACAAACAUUAGAAAUUUCUACAAAUAAAAAUUAUGAAAAAGCUUUAGAAUCACUUGUUGGAGCAAUAUGCAUCAUUCUUGAAAAAACAAAACAGGGUCCAACAAAAAAGGAAAAAUUAAAAGAAACAACAUAG